AAAAGGAGAGAACCACCAACGCUGCACAAAGUACGAAGACAUCCCGUGACUAGGACUGACCGGCCACAACAUUAAUGAAUCGCGUUACCCGGAUACGUUUUCCAAACGGUGUUUUUUCACAUUAGUUACAAAACGAGUAUGUGAUUAGAUUACGCGUAAAAUAAAUAUUUUUCGUAGUGUUUCUUUUUGUGACUUACAAACAUGUACAAGACGGUGAGACACGGUGAGAACAGUCUUCAAUAUACUAUAUUGCCUCAAACUGAAGAAAUACUCAAUAACAGUGGAUUGAAAGGCAAAGGCCGUGAUUAUAGUCCCUCUAUUCAUAUAAGACGUUCAAGGAGAAAGUCUGCUUUAAAAUAUAUUCUGUUAAUAAUAGUCGGAAUAAUAAUCGCACUAGCUUUUGCAUCUGUUCCACUUUAUGUUCUGAAUGGUGCACUAUAUGCUCGAAGACUUCACCACGACCACCACGAAAUUAUGACUUCAGCGCCAUUAACACCGGCAGGGCGAGAGAUCGUAAAAUCACGAAAAAAGGAAUUAAAAAUUGCAGCUGAAAUCUUAUCAACCAUAACGCCAAAAUUAGAAACGAGUGCAGCACCGUCGACAUCAACUACUACUACUUCGUCUACAACUAUCCCAACUACGAUUAUUAGCGAAAGAGCUACUACACCACCUUGGACUAUGCCUGCUCUAAGAUCUUGGAAAUUUUCAUCUUCUUCUACAACGAUACAACCAAUACCAACAGAGGAUAAUGAAGAAAUUCCUUUAGUAGGAACACCAUCUGGUAGUGUACGCUUAUUAGACCAUUACAUGUCAAUGUCGAUGAAGCCGUGGGAAAAAGAUAUAAUUAUAAAACCUACGAUAACACCCGAACCUAUCACAAUCCAAAACGUUUUUAAAUAUUAUUCCCGUUCCUUCAAGCCGUCGGAAGAAUCAAUCACUAUGCACCCAAAGUUAUUUGAUGACGUUUUAAUUACUACAAAAUCAACGACCACCCAGACACCUAUGACUACAGAGUUAGCAAAAACAACUGAAAAAUCAAUCAUGAAGGACCUGAAAGAUACACUUUUAUCAGUAGAUGACGAUGAAGAAUUUAAAGUAUCUUUGGAAGAAGAUGAAGUUUUUUCUCUACCGCCAUUGAAGCCGGACUCUGUGGCGCCGGGAACAGAUUCAGACGAAGUAACAGUUUCGAAAGCGACUGACAGCGGCUGGUACGGUGCGAAGUGGCCAUUCGUCGAUACGUCAUCAUACUUCCAAUGGACGGGCUACUCUCCUGGAGAUAAUCUGCUUUUACCGUUACUGGUUGCGGCAUUAUCGUCAGUCGUUUUAGUGCUACUUCUGGCGCUCGCUGUGAGACGCCGCAAGAGGACUACCACAGCAUCAGCACAGAUUGGGAAGUUAACCUCCGACCUACAAGCAGAUGACAACACUAACUUAUUGACAGCAGAGAAUCCAGAAGAGAUCGAAGAAUGAGGUCAAUAAGUACUAUGUUGCUUGUUUCCAACAGAUUGCCUCGUGUAUUUACAGAAAAAAUGGCCGAAUAGAACGGCUUGAAGGUUACUUUUAUAGAGAUUGGCUUUGAAUUUUCGUGCACACAUUAUGAUAUUAAAAUCUUUGUCAAUAAUUGUAUACUCAUCAUAUCAUAUCACUAAAUGCAUUCUCGCUUUUGUUUGAUAUUAAAAAAUAUAAAAUCUAUAUAUUAAAUUAUGAAAAAAAAAUCUAAGUUGCGUUUUGUAUUUUGGCGCCUUA